AUGAUUAUCACACCGCCCGACGAACCUGCAAGCACUCCAUUCGCGGCGAAGAAACGACUGGGGACCGUCGCAGGAACCCCGACAAGUGCAAGCAGCUUGAAGAAACCAUUCUCUCUUACUUUGAGCGAUGAUAAGGAGAACACUCCAAUAUCCAAACCGUUCUCAUCACAGCGCCUGCAAAAUCGUACACCUCUGUCAGCAGACAGACUAGCUAAACCGUUCAAAUGUCCCGGAUCUGCGACCAUAAGCAGAGCGUCUGUAAAACCGGCAAGGAAAAGGAGGAAGGUAGACUAUGGAGGAGCAGAUGGUGAGAAGGAAGACGGAGAGAAGCCAUGGACGAAUGAAGAUCGACUGGCAUUAGCCAAUAGAGAUGUCAACAAGUUUCCAGUUUUCGAAGUCAAGGAUAAAGAUACAAUGUUUCGAAAGCGAUUCGCGGUUCCAUUGAUCAACAAGGAUUCUGUCACAUAUAACCCAAAUCGACCCCCUCCAACUCUAGGACUUAGGCAAGGGGCUGUAUUUAUUGCCAAAGCUCUUCACGACCCCAGCGGCGAGUUUGCCAUUGUCCUCUACGAUCCUACAAUCGAUGAAAAACCGAAGACGAUCGAGGAAGCGAAAAAGGCAGAUGCACCGGAGGCUCCGAAAAUCGAUGCACCGUUAGUCCAUAAAACCCUAGCUGAGAUACUGGGUAUCAAAAAGGUUGUGGAAGGCGAACGACCAAAAGUUCCCGUGGUGAUAGACCCAAGGCUUUCCAAAGUGCUCAGACCCCAUCAGAUUGAGGGAGUUAAAUUCAUGUAUAAGUGUGUAACUGGAAUGAUUGAAGAGAAAGCGAAUGGCUGCAUAAUGGCCGAUGAAAUGGGGUUGGGGAAAACUUUGCAAUGCAUCACCUUGAUGUGGACGUUGUUGAAACAGUCGCCUGAUGCAGGAAAGGGAACGAUACAAAAAGCAAUCAUUGCAUGUCCAUCAAGUUUGGUCAGAAACUGGGCAAAUGAGUUGGUUAAGUGGCUCGGUCCAGAUGCCAUCCAGCCUUUCGCGAUAGAUGGAAAGCUAUCGAAGGAGGAACUCACAUCACAAAUUCGGCAAUGGGCCAUUGCCAGCGGAAGAGCUGUUACCCGGCCAGUCAUUAUUGUAUCGUAUGAAACACUACGACUUAAUGUUGGGGAGCUGAAAAACACCAAAAUUGGUCUCAUGCUUUGCGACGAAGGUCAUCGCCUGAAGAAUGGAGACAGUCAAACAUUUACCGCUCUAAACGAGCUGAAUGUUACAAGAAGAGUUAUCCUAUCUGGUACGCCUAUUCAGAAUGAUCUCUCCGAGUACUUCGCAUUGAUCAGUUUUGCGAACCCUGGGCUGCUAGGAACUCGUCUGGAGUUUCGAAAACAGUACGAAAUCCCUAUCUUGAAAGGGCGAGAUGCUGCUGGAAGUGAUAAAGAUCGACAAAAGGGCGACGAGAGACUUCGCGAGCUUCUAAAUGUUGUCAACAAGUUCAUCAUCCGAAGGACGAACGAUAUUCUCUCCAAAUACUUGCCGGUCAAGUACGAACACGUCGUUUUCUGCAACCUUGCACCCUUUCAACUCGAUUUAUACAACCACUUCAUCAGCAGUCCAGACAUCAAAGCACUUUUGCGUGGCAAAGGCAGCCAACCGCUCAAGGCUAUUGGUAUGCUUAAGAAGCUUUGCAAUCAUCCAGAUUUACUCAACUUACCAGAUGAUCUACCUGGAUGCGAAAACUUCUAUCCAGAAGAUUACGUUCCAAAGGAUGCACGUGGUAGAGACCGAGACAUCAAGCCAUGGUAUUCUGGCAAAAUGCAAGUCCUCGACCGCAUGCUCGCUCGAAUUCGCCAAGAUACAAACGACAAGAUUGUAUUGAUAAGCAACUACACUCAGACACUUGACAUGUUCGACAAGCUUUGCCGUCAUAGGGGUUACGGUAGUCUACGCUUGGACGGCACUAUGAAUGUUUCGAAAAGACAGAAGCUAGUCGAUAAAUUCAACGACCCAGACGGCGCUGAGUUUGUUUUCCUUCUCAGUAGUAAAGCUGGUGGUUGUGGCCUCAACCUCAUUGGUGCAAAUCGACUUGUUCUCUUUGAUCCAGAUUGGAAUCCGGCCGCAGAUCAACAAGCGCUCGCCAGAGUAUGGCGUGAUGGACAAAAGAAGGACUGCUUCGUGUAUCGUUUCAUUGCAACGGGUACCAUUGAAGAAAAGAUUUUCCAACGGCAGUCCCACAAGCAAUCUCUUUCCUCGUGCGUCGUUGACUCGGCGGAGGACGUUGAGCGCCAUUUCACACUCGACAGUCUGCGGGAGCUAUUUCAGUAUCACGGUAAGACGACCAGUGACACCCACGAUACGUUUAAGUGCAAACGUUGUAAGCCGGAUGGAAAACAAUACAUCAAAGCUCCCGCGAUGAUGUACGGCGAUACAAGUACGUGGAACCACUUCAUCAACGAGAACAUGAAAAACAUCCAAGAUUUGCUGUUACGUCAAGAAGUUGGCGCGGAUGAGGUUUCCGCUGUGUUCCAAUAUAUUUCUCAUUGA